AUGAAGCCAUCACUCUUGGUGUUUAUUGUGUAUCUGCUAUGGUUGGAAGGGGGUCACUGCGCACCUACUUGGAAGGACAAAGCCAGUAUCCAUGGAAACUUGAAUGGUUUUUCUGAGGCUGGAGACAUAGAUGGAGAUGAAGAAGUGAAGAAGGCUUUGAUUGGUAUGAAGCAGAUGAAAAUCAUGAUGGAAAGAAGAGAGGAGGAACAUAUCAAUCUAAUGAAAACCCUGAAGAAAUGCAAAGAAGAAAAGCAGGAAGCGCUGAAACUCAUGAAUGAAGUUCAGGAACAUCUGGAAGAAGAAGAAAGUCUGUGCCAGGUGUCUCUGACAGAUUCCUGGGAUGAAUGCAAGUCUUGCCUGGAGAGCAACUGCAUGAGAUUUUACACAACCUGCCAGCCUAGCUGGUCCUCUCUGAAAAAUACGGUAGAAGAGUUUUUCAGGAAGAUAUAUCAGUACUUGUUUCCUUUCCCCGAAGAUCAUGAAAAAGAUCUCCCUGCUGGUGAAACGUUCAUUGAGGAGGAUGCACAAGUGGCCCAAAUAGAGCGUGUGUUCAGCCAGCUGACCGUGGACGUGAGCUUUCUCUUCAACAGGAGUCUUAACGUCUUCAGACAGAUGCAGCAAGAAUUUGACCAGGCUUUUCAAUCAUAUUUCAUGUCAGAUACAGACUCCAUGCAGCCUAGCUUUCUUCCGGUUUUAUCCAAAGAACCAGAGGAAAAAAAGGAUCCUGUGCAAAGUUGGGACAUUCCCAGCUUCUUCCAGCUGUUUUGUAACUUCAGUCUCUCUGUUUAUCAGAGUCUCAGCACGGCGAUCACUGGGACACUGAGUGCAAUAGCGGAUUUACCCAGGCAAGGCAAAGACUCUAACCAUGGAAGCCUGAGUUCAAAGAUGUUGCCUGUGCAGGACAGAGGACCAAGUGCAGAACUUGGCCAGAAUUUGUCAGAAUGUUUCCAGUUCCAUCCAAGAUGCCAAAAAUGUCAGGAUUACCUGUGGGAAGACUGUCCUGAUGUACCUGAACUGCACACAAAAGUACAUGAGGCCCUCAAAUUGGUCAACGUGUCCCAUGAGCAAUAUGCCCAGAUUCUCCAGAUGAGCCAGCGUCACCUGGAGGACACCACAUAUCUGAUGGAGAAGAUGAGAGAGGAAUUUGGCUGGGUGGCUGAUCUGGCAAACCAGACCCCAGGAACUGAGAGCAUCUUCAACUCCAUAAAGGUGGUUCCAGAUGUUCGUGAAGGGAAUUUUUCCAAACAAAAUGAAACAAUGAUGGAUGUGAGCAUUCUGCCUUCCCCCAGUUUCACAUUGGAGAUCCCUCCUGAAGAAAGUGCUGAGAGUUCUAACUUGAUUAGCUACAUGCUGGAGAAAACUGUGCAGCAUUUUAAGAAACAUUUUUAAAAUUGGUAAGGAGACCUGAUACAUCCUACACCUGGCAAGUAGAAUUACCUCUUCAGGUACCUCUGAGAC